AUGGUGUGCAGCCCUGGCUGGGGCCAGAGUCGGCUCAUACGGUGGGGUCGGCUCAGGCGGGUUGUGUGUGUGGAGUGCGACGGGCUGCUUCUCAAUGGAAGCGUAGCCUCCGGUGGGACAUUGGUGCUUCGAUUCCCGACAUCUGGGAUGCUGAAAGCUGCUUUGCGGGUGCCGCUGUUCAUGCGUGAUUGGCCAUGCGGCUGCCUGCCGGUAAAAUCAAGCAGGAGUCAACGGCUUUCGCGUCGGAAAGAAAGUCUCAGCGUCGCGGCCAACAUUGAUGGCCUUAUGCGCGAUCAACGGUCGCCAUCCUACCCAUUGCACCGUGUCAGACCGGUUGGCGGGUUCAUCAUGGCUUGUUCCGUUGGCAGGCAUGACUUGACAACAGUGCGUAAGCGGCAAAGCCUGUACGGUGUGGGGUCCCAGCUAACAGAGAACGUUUCAUCGUGGCUGCUCGCCCUGAGGCCGACUAGGCAAAAAGCCUACAUUGAAAAGACUUUGUGUGAACGACAAGUGACUGAACUUGACUGA